CUGCGCGGCGGCCCCAACGCCCCGGUGCUGAAACAACUGCUGCUCUACAUUGAAGCGCGGCUCAGGCAGCAAGAUGUGUCGCUGCUCUGCCAGACGGUUGAGCGGCUCGUGCGCCCCGCCAUCAUCGCGACGGGUUUCGCGAGCGGCGACGCCACUGGGCUGCUGGACGACCUGGCGCGCCAGUUGUUUCUGCCGGCUGCCGACUGCGCUGUGCCAAACUACAUUGCGGUGCUGCUCGGCCACAAGCUCGUGCUGGAGACGACGUCGCAGUGGAAUGAGGAGGCCGCCCGGGCGUGCGGCGUGGAGCGGCUGACGCUGCACGACUCGGACCGCUACUUGGCGUACCUCGUCACCUGCGCCAUCUUCGCCGCCCCGCUGCAGCGAAGCUGCCACGACGUCUCGCGGCGGGAGCGGCGCCUGCUCGCGCUAGAGGAGCG